CCUGAUCUUGAUAUUUCUGAAAUUAAAAACUCGAAAAGGGUCGGGUUUGUAUUCGCCGUCUCUAAAACAGGCACACGGAGGCAACGGUUGCAGCAACUAUUAUCUCUGUCAGACAUAACAGCAAACACCUGGGGUGCAAAAAUAUGGAAGACCAUUUUCACAAUGAAAAUCCAGUACCUCAUGUCCUUCUCCACGAACAAGAAAUCGCCACCCAGAAAAUUAUCCAGGCUCAGAGCCAGAGAGAGGCAGCUGCCGGACCUCCGUGCAAGGAUGGUACGGACCUUUUCUCGGAACGGCCUGAUCCCAAUGCUUUGAAAGAGCAUCUACUGAAAAUGGCUUCAGAGCAUCGUGCCGAACUAGCUUCUAAGCGUGGCAAGCCUAACCCUCCUGAACAAGGUAACAUAGACAUUGGAAAUGGGUAUGGUGUACCAGGUGGAGGUUCUUAUAGCUAUGGCACUCCAGGAAAUUUGGGACAUGUAAAUAAUGAUACAAGUGAGAAAAAUUCUGAGGCUGCAUCUAAGGACUUGCCUGAGUACCUUAAGCAAAAGUUGAAAGCUAGGGGAAUUCUAAAAGCUGGUUUAACAAAACAUGACCUAUCAAGAACCGAUAAGAAUUUGGAGACUGAUGCACCUCAGCUUAUGGAAACUGCGAAGUUGCCUCCUGGAUGGGUGGAAGCAAAAGAUCCCUCCACAGGUGUUUCAUAUUAUUAUAAUGAAAGUAAAGGAAAGAGUCAGUGGGAAAGACCCGUAGAAACAUCUUCGAGUACUCAUUUCCCAUUCGCUACAAGACAUGUGGAAGAUUGGGUGGAAGCAGUAGAUGAAACAACAGGGCGCAAAUAUUAUUACAAUACAAAGACCAAUAUAUCUCAAUGGGAGUGCCCUGAUGUAUUAAAGCCGUUUGCAUCACAGCAUCCUGGAAGCAGGGUUUCUGAAAAUACUGUUAAUGAGAAUUCGACUGUGUGGUCAUCAAACUUGGACAAAUGCUUUGGUUGUGGAGGUUGGGGAGUUAGCCUGGUGCAAGCUUGGGGUUACUGCAAUCAUUGCACACGAGUUCUCAAUCUGCCACAGGCCCAGAGUUUGCCAACGACUUUGGGUUACCAGCAGCAUAAUAGCGAUGAGAAUAAGGCUUCUAAGCCAAGAUCCGGAGGGAGACCGCCCUCAGGAAAAGGAAACAGAAAAGACUUCGGGAAAAGGAAGCAUUCCUACAACGAUGAUGAUGAGCUGGACCCAAUGGAUCCAAGCUCAUACUCCGAUGCUCCUCGUGGUGGUUGGAUUGUUGGGCUGAAAGGAGUACAGCCACGAGCAGCUGAUACCACCGCCACGGGUCCUCUGUUUCAACAACGUCCAUAUCCAUCACCUGGAGCCGUAUUACGGAAGAACGCAGAAAUAGCUUCACAAACAAAGAAAUCAAGCUCACAUUGGACACCCGUAUCAAAGAAAGGGGAUGGGAGUGAUGGCCUUGGUGAUGCAGACUAAUAUUAUGACUACAAAAAUGGAGCAAAUUUCAUCCUUACUAUGCUCGUUUUAUCCCGGUGAUCAAAGUGAAUUUCGAUGUAGUCUCAGCUGUUUAUACACACGGUGAAGAUCCAAAUCUUGCCAGUUUAAGCAGUCUUGCACAUGCAUUCAGCUAUUUCUCCCAUGAUGCAAGGCAUCAAAAAGAUGAUUUGAUUAUUUAGCUACUAAAAUCUAUGAACUGUACAUUCACUUGUAUUGUAUGGUAAUUUAGGGUUGAACUUGGUCCCACUACUUUUAGCGGGUCAUGGUCAUCAAAUAGUUCAGUAGGGGCCAUAACAUAGAUGAUUUGAGAGAAUAGGGAUGUACAGAAAAUUUGACCUAAAAAUUUCUUGCUGCUAUUGUCGGAUGAUGGUUCACAAAGUUAAAAGAGUAGUUGGUUUCCUUUUAA